ACUGUUGGACAGUGUAACGAUCCCAAGCCAGGAGCAUUUGAUUUUGUUGGGAAAGCAAAGUGGACAGCCUGGAAUGAUCUUGGCCAUUUGUCAAAGGUGGUUUAUCUAAUUCCUGACCUAAUGCCAAAUGAAAAAAAAUUAUUUUUUUGUUGCUACAAGCAGAAUUAUAUGGAUUUAUGGUAGACUUUUUUAUUUGUUUGGUUUUUACUUUAUUAGUAGAGAAGAUAUGUGCUUGAAUUGUUCACUUUCUGUUGAAAGCAUGAAAUUUGGCAUGAUGGUAGUUUUCAAGGCCCUAAAAAAGAUAGGAUAUGGUGCCAUCGCCAAAAAAGUCCAUUAAGUGUGAAAAAUAAGAGUUUUAAAAUGGCGGCCAUUUUGAACCGGAAGUGAAAUUAACAUUUGCUUUAAAAUGUCUGAAUUUUAGCAACUUGGAUAAGAAAAUGUCAGCAAAUGCCUAAGGCAGCUGUUUUGUCAUACAAUGAGAUAUUAUUUCAAUGCAAAUUGUCUAUAGAGAUGAUAUAAGCGGCCACCAGCUAGACCGGAAGUAAAACUACCAGAGUCGGAACUUUUAAGGAAUGAGCUUAAACUUCUAUUGCGCCUGCUAAUUUUCUUUCCUUUAAUAUUUUGUUUAAAUUUAAUGUAUACUGUCAAUUUACUAUUUUCAUCAUAUAUAAUCCAUUACUAAACAUGAGCCUACUUUGGCUAUGAUACAGACUGAUAUCGAAGAAGAACAGAUGAUAUCUCGGUGACCUAAUGACUUGAUACUUCAUGCGGACGAGUGCUUGUAAUCGAAAAAGAGAGUUGGGCAUUGCCUUUCACGAUUGUCACUCUUCUGGGCAUAGCCCUUGUUAUGAAUGUACUUGAUUAGUUCCACCCUCAACUUUGUAAUUUCUUACAGUGGAGUGCAGGAGAGUCGCCACUCUCCUCUUAGAGAUAUCCAGCCCCAAUCUUGCAGACUAGGAACUGAGAUGCUUGUUACCAGUGCCUGCUGACUCCAUAUGUGGCCAGCAUGGCUCACUGUGCCCUUGAAAUGUUUAAGUAAUGCAGGCCGGGUCAAAGAAACUACUUUUGGCUUCGUCAGUUGACGGUAAAGAACUACUUGUUCUAUCGCAUAGAAGAACGUGUAAGCAAAGACAACUCCGAUUAUUUCUGGAGGUUACCGGAAGUAUUCACCUUGUCAUAUCCUGUGAAUGCAUGGAACGGAGGAAGUGCAAGUGCAGCCUUUUUAGUAAAUACGUUAGCAAUCUCGUAGGCUGCAAGGUAGCGUAGAUGUACAUUAGUAACAAGAUAUUUGAUAGGGAAGCUAACUUGGCUUCAUGGUAGAGAAACUUCAUGGGUAGUUAGAAUGGAGAGUAGACUAAACAAAAAUGUCUUGGACACAAACAACAUAGAGACUUAAAAGAGGGGAAUCUGCAUUGUGAUAUAGCAUAACAAUAAAUGCUUUCUAGCGAACUGACUUCAAACAAUGCAGUGAAAAGACUGGACGUCUGGCCCUAGACGACAUGAGUUGCUCAAUGUGCAAGGAAUCUAAAAACCACCUGCUUGUUUCGAUCUUUACAAAAGAACUAGCUUUUUCCAGUUUCUUAGCAUAGUUCCUGAUACACCUUUACCACAGAUCUUACUCUUCAAGCUGUUCUCGGCGCGACAUAUUUGUCACAUACUAUAUCCAAGAGAAUACAUUUUACAUACUCAGGGGAUAAACAAAAGUGAUGCACAUUCGGAAAAUGCUUUUUCCUCAUUUUCUUGCGUGUGGAAUUUAACAUGAUAAUCAGUGCUGCUCAGUCCAUGAUAAUUAAAUGAGAUUCUGGGGGUGGUUACAUUGAAGAUUAGAGACUAAUUCUCACUUCUGUCGAGCAAGGCGCAGAUUCACUUGAUAGUAAAAUACAGCUGAAUUAAACUGCCGCCCGGUUAGCUCCAGGUGGAUAAACACCGGGCUACUGAGCGGGAAGCCGCGGUUUCAAACCCCGGCCGAAACAAUAUUUGUCGAUCAGGAUCUUUAAAUAACUGACGAGAAGUGCUGCCCGAUGUCAUCUGCGAACGGUUAGACUUCCUAGUCUUCUUGAAAUUCAAAAAAACCUGUAGGCCCCGUCUCACUGUCCUUGUUCAUAUAAAAUGCUGUGGGAAGAUAAAGAACCUAAACACUGUUUGUAAAGAGUAGGCUGAGAAGGGGACCCAUUUACCUUCCACACGGAUUUCUCGGAAGCUUCUUGAAAAUGGUAAACUUUGAAAUGAGCAGACGUUAUUGUGAAAGCAAUUUCAAUCCAAUAUGUACAUGCAGAGAGUGUUAUUUAUACUCCUCAAUAACACAAAAUGGUGGAGCUAUUAUACUUCAAAUUACUUUGAAAGCCGCAAAGCAUUCUGCAUUCUCAUCGAAUAGUGGAUCAACUCUUUUAACCCUUACAAAUUCUUCAAACUGGUCUCUAUACAUUUCCUUAAAAGGAUAAGUUGAGAGAAUCUGAUAAAAGAUCAAAGCAUUUUCUCUUGGGUGAUAAUUUUAUUAAUUCUAAAAACCUAAUCUCUUGACCUUGUAUGGAUAUCGUGAGUCAGAAGAAAAUUGUUGUUGGUCACUAUUGGGACAAGUAAAAAGAAAUAAUCUGUUUUUUGCUAGUUUAAUUUGUUUGUAUGUUUGGCCUUUCCUAUACUUAAAAAUGUGAAUCAUUGUUUCACAUUUUUCUUUAAAUUCACUACCGAAAUGAAUUGCUUUGAGUGAGUUUCAUUUUCCAUUUUAUCCCGCUUUUACCUCCGGGUCUUUCAUAUAAAACGCUAAUUUGUAACACAGUUGUUGACUUUUUUAUAUGACAUAAAUAUCCGGAAAAACAUAGAACAAACAAUUUUGUCGUCAUUUUGACCUUAACAUGCUAAAUUUUGUGCACUUUCGGUUAGGUGAUGUUUACAUCUGGUCAAAAUGGCGGCCAUUUUAGUAAUACUCCAAAAACCUGUUUAACAGGAAAAAUUUGCAAUGGCUCCAUAUCACAUAUUAAUAGUCACGAUUAGUUUAUGUAAUAAACAAUUUCAUCGUCAUUUUGGCUUUAAAAAGUGCUUAAUUUUGUGUACUUUCGGUUAGAUGAUAUUUACUUCAGGUCAAAAUGGUGGUCAGUUUAAUUUUCACUCCAAAAACCAGUUUAACAGGAAAAAUUUGCAUUUGCACCAUAUCACAUAUUAAUAGUCAUAAUUAGUUCUGUCAUUCCUGAGAAUUUGGUGCUUUUAACAAAAAAUUAACAAUCCGGCCCCAAAUCUGCCCAUAUCCGCUCCACUAUAUUAUAUGAUAACAAACCUGACAAGGAUUGGGUUGCUCUACUGCUUCUCUGUUUAUUAUUUUACAGUCUAAUAAUAAUCAUCUUUAUUGAGGAAACUUUUUCAUAAAAGAUAUGGUUUUCAAAAAGGACCUCAAAACUAGAUAUAUAUUAUAAAAACAAAAAAAGCUAUAAAAUUGCAAAGGGAUUAAAAAGAUACAAAAAAUGCAUAAAAAAUUAAAAAUAAGUAUAAGUAAAAACUUAACGUAAGUAGGUAUAUUAAAAACUUAAAAACAUUACGUUUAAAACUAUUUACGUUCCUUGAGUCUUUGAUCGCCUGACUGAGGGAGUUAAAAUCGGAAACGGCAUGAUAUUGUGUUCUUUGCUUCCCCCAAUUUCUUUUGACACAUGGUAAUCUAAAAUUGCCUUUGUUACGUGUAUUAUGCCUAUGAAGUACGUCUUGUCUAAUCAAGUCCAUAACGUGAUUAAUUAGGCCAUUGAUGCAUUUGUAUACGUGUACACACCUUCUUUGAAAUCGCCUUUUCUCUAGAGGCAGCCACUUGAGAACGGCUAAUGCCUCAGUGGAGGAUGAGUACAAUGGUCUAUUUAAAAUAACUUUAGCGCGGCCUUAUUUUGCAAAACUUGCAAACUAGACAUAAGGGUAAUAUUAUGUUUAUCGCCCCAUACUAGAUCAGCAUAUUCAAAAAGGGGCAUAACAAGACUUUUAUAGAAAAGUAGACGCGCCCUGAAAGGCAAUAAAUGCUUUAUACGCUUGAGAAGCCCAAGCCUUUGAUUGAUUUUCCCAGUUAGGUGUUCAAUAUGAUCAGUCCAUGUGAAAUCCGAAGAUAUAUGUAUACCGAGGUAUUUAAAGCUGCGAACAUUACUUAUACUAUGAUCUAAAAUUGAAACAGUCAAAUCUACUUUGCUUUCGCGUUUCCUAUUACUACCGAUAAGCAUGCAUUUAGUUUUGUCCAAAUUUAAAGUCAGUUUGUGAUCAUGAAGCCAUUUCGCCACACCCAGUAGAUCGUUAUUUAACUUAUCACUCAACUCCUUUGAGGAUGUACCAUAGCAAUAAAUUACAGUGUCGUCUGCAUAAAGUGACGCGUAGCAGGAGUUAAUGCACUUAUCAAUGUAAUGCCCGCCGGGGGGGGGGAGGCAGGGCAUAGGGUGGGGAUUUGACUUUUUUCAAAAAUUUGCAAUCAAAUUCCCUGCCCGCGGGCAAAUCAUUCCAGUCAAAUGCAACCAAAUUUCCCCACCCCAGGCUGCACAUUGCUGUCAAUCCCAAGGCAGAACUUAAGAAAGGCACAAUUCAGACAGAAUAAAAAUAUCUCCAAAUAAAACUCUGCAACCUUUUAUAAACGUUGCUACAUCACCAAAGACACAUGUCCCUGUUACAGCUGCAAUUAUACGUUUUAACCAUAAUCCGUACGCGUGUUACACUGCGUAGAAUGCAUAAACCUUUAGGAGAAAGUCCACAUUUUGUAAGUCUAAAUAUACCGUUCUUAGUAAAGGGUACAACAAAAGUCAGUUUUAUAAGUUUACAGUGAUUGUAGCGAAUAAGCCAUACACUAAUCAAUUGUACUUGCAAAAAUCGACUUGGUUUCUCUUCACUUCCGUUUACUAUGAUGAUACUAAAAUUUUACAAUUUUCUCAAAAACAUUUUCAGCAAAAAAAGGACCUUAGUAAAUACCCAGCAAGAAAAUGUGAGUGCAAAAACAAAUAAAAGGAGCAGAGAGGAGAGCAAGAAAAAGGUAAAAGUUAAGGGACCAGUGUAACAUUAAACAUGCCCAAACUGCAGAUAUAUGUAUGGUCAAACGAUUUUAAGCACCAAAAAUUUCUUGGAUGCAUAGAUAACCAAAUUUAAUUACGAAUGGUGCUCUGCUGCACACAAUAUGCAUGCAAGGGCUAGACUAAAAGGUGAAACAAGCAGUUCAUUAACAAAGCUUGCAAUGUUCUCAAAAAGUAAUUCCAGGUACCCACCUGCCAAGUCAUUAACAUAAUCUAUGUAUCUUUGCUGUGCAUCAUCCUGUAAGUACAGAACUAGGUGAGACUUAUUGUCCAACAAGCAGUUUGGUUUCCGGAAGGGUUUCUCAACUACAACACCUUUGACCUCAUUUGCUGAUGAAGUGCUCUUAAACAUGGAACAAGGAAAGCUUUUGCGGGGCCGUGUUCAUCAAUCUAACCAAGGCAUUUGACACGGUAGACCAUCAAAUAAUCUUAUGCAAGCUAUCCGAGAUCGGCCUUUCUGAAACAGCUCUUCAUUGGUUCCGUUCUUACUUAACUGGUGGACAACAGCGCACAUCAUGUGGAAAUGAGUUAUCUGAGGAACUUCCAGUCAUGCAUGGGGUGCCACAGGGUAGUAUUCUAGGGCCUAUGUUGUUUGUGAUUUACAUAAAUAACUUGCCAAACGUGCUUAUGCACCUAUCAAUGUAAAGCCGGCGGGGGGGGCAGGGCAUGGGGUGGGGAUUUGCUUGUCUUUGUUGUCCCUGGGGUAGGGCAUUUGACUGAUCGUGUUCUCCCGCGGGAGGGGAUAUUUGAAUCUUUCUUCGCCCGACGUGGAGAUAUUUGACUGCCGACUCGGACGAAAAAGACUGAGACCGAACAUAUGUUUCCCGCUUCCACGCUUCACGCAUGCGCCAUGCGGUUUGAAAAGAUCUGGAAGUCAUGGAGGCCAAUGAGAACAACCGAAGGCUGAGUGGAUUUCACUGUUUUGUCUUCAAAUUUCGUUUGUUUUAGCGUGUUUUUGAUCAAGUGAACCUCUUAAAAUACUGUGGUAAGUAGAACAUGAUUCUCAUUUGAGUGUUUUUGUCCACUUUACACGUUUUACAUGUUUUUUUUUUUGUAUUUUUCUUCAUACUGUGACUGAAAGAUCUCUUCCCCCUGCCCAAGUAAUGUGUCUAUGACUGUUAAAACUGAUGACAUCACAGGUUGUAAAAGGGAGGUGGAUGUGCACAGGCAGUUAUGGGUGGUUCAGGUGUGAAAAAGUUAUUAAAAUGAAGAAGUAAAAUUAAAUCUGUAUUCAAUUUUUCUCAGUACAAUUUGGCACCACUGAGGAGGAAUCAAAGGCUGCAGCUCCUGCAGAUACUUCAGCAGCCAAUACAGAAAAUAAAUACAAGGAACUGGUGGUGACACUGGAAAAUGGGGUACAAACAAUACGUAUGAACAGACCAACAAAAUACAAUGCAAUUACAUUAGAGGUAAGGAAAUAAUAUUUAUAAUUUUUGUCUUUGGUGCCUUACAGCGGACUGCUGUCUUACAAAUUGAUAUUAGCAAUUAUAACCAUAGAUUUGGAAGCUCAAUCAAAUCCAAGAAUUUAUUGUUUUAAUUUUUUUUUAUAUAUAUAUAUCUUAUUUUUUCAAACUUUUAUUAAAAUUAAUACUCCACAGCGUUACAAUACUAACGUUACAUGGCAUUGCAUAACAUUGCAUUACAAUACAUUACAAAUACAUUACAUUACACUAUAAACUUUAACACUAAAGUAACUAUAAAAAAAAUUACGUUCAGAGUACACACGUUACUUGGUCCAAAGGCAGAGCCCACUUCUUAUUAAAUUUGUCCAUUUUAUUGUUUUAAAUUAUUCACUUAAAAUAUUUUCAUUUUAAAGCCGUGCUUUCCCUGAUCAACGUAAAUCUCCUCUUUCCAUAACAUUUAAUAAUAAUAAUAAUAAUAAUAUUACUUAUAUAGCACCAAUAUCAAUAUUGCCAUUUUCAUCAGUGCUUAAAAAUCAAAAUAUUUAAAAAAUAAAAUAAUAAUAAUAAUAAUAAUAAUAAUAAUAAUAAUAAUAAUAAUAAGUGCAUAAAGUAUACAUGCAAAAAGUGCAUGAACCUACCAAAAAGAGUAACACAACUAUGUCAACACUAAAACCAUAAAAAUUACCUAGACUACUUAAAUCGUAAAAAACUGCAUAAAACCUACUAAAAACGAGAUUAAAAAGCACAUAAAAUCACAAAAAAGCUUUCUGAAAUAAAAAUGUCUUGAGUGUCUUUUUAAAACUAAGAUGCUACUGAGCGGCUACUCCUAAUUGAAUCGGGCAAUGAAUUCCAUAGUGGAGGAGCAGCAGCAGCAGCAGCAAAAGAUCGAUGUCCUAACGUUGUUAAAGUCUUGAAUUUCACAGGGUUUAGUAGCAGUCCAUCACAAUCGGAACGUAACUUGUAUUUAAGACUAAUAAGUUCCUGGAGAUAAAAAGGUGCUAAGCCAUUGGUAGCCUUAUACGUUAACAAUAAUAUCUUAAAGUCAAUUCGGAAUUUAACCGGCAGCCAAGCAGAUUAUACAGCAACGGUCAUACAUGGCAGUAUUUAGAUUCCAGGAAAAUUAACCUAGCGGCAGCAUUUUGGACCCUCUGUAGCUUAUUAAGCUGGUAAGCUGGCAGGCCAUAGAGCAAGUUGUUACAAUAGUCGACACGACUUGAGACAAAUGCGUGAAUGAGCAUCUCAGUGGACCGCCUGCUCCUGGGCAGUGUCAGGAUCUUAAGAGAUGCUUUGUCAAGCAAAUAUUCUUCAAAUAGCAGUUUCCAGUUGCUGAGUGAUACUUUUGCUAUUCUUGCUAUGUGUUUAGGCAGUAGUUUGGCUAUUUCAUGUUUGCAAAACAUGUGAAAUCUUCCACCAAUUUCUUUAGUUCUUCUUAAACAACUGAGUCACCAUGCCUGGCUCUCCCUUUUUCUUAAAAAUGACACACUUUCAUGAUAUCAGAAAACAUAAAGUCUAUACUAGGUCAACAGUUAAUUUAAAACAUUAAAAAUUAAAUACUUCAUUAUCCUCUCCCCUUAUGGGGCUUUUCAGGGAUAAUGAAACAAAUAAUUCAAAUUGAACAUAUUAGGGUAAAGAAUCCCAACUGAUUGGAGUAGAAGCAGCUGCCUUUUUUUACCGGCAUGGCCAAAGAUUUGAACUACUGAGAACCAAUCCAGCUAUUGGUCAGGGUGAGACUUGAACUCAGGGCCUUUAGAUUAAGCCCAGUGCUCUAACCAUUCAGCCACGCUACUUCCUUCUAGUACUAGGUUAUGAACAAUCAGCCAGGGAUUUAAGCCAAUCAGAAACAGAGAAUUAUUUUGAAUAAAUUAUGAUACUUAUUAGUAUUGGCAUGGUUAUAUCUGUGUUGCUGUUCUUGAGUUAGUCAAAUGCUGACCUUUAUUAUGAGCUCAGUAUAUGUAGGUGGGUUCAUACUAGUGAAGUCAGUAGACCUAAAGUAUUGCAGGAGCUGAAGUACACUGUCUUGAGAGCAUGAAUGCUUACUUAUCAUGAUAAGCGUUCACAUUACAGUUGGAAGUAUGCUGAAGUAAUCAAUGAUGUCACUGAAGUUUAUACGGAGCAAAAUUUCGAACACAUGUAAUAAUGUGAGAAGGAUUUGAACUAUUGCAUGCUCAAAACGUAACUUCAUCAUGAGAAAUCUUUCCUGCAAUGACAGAGAGCUUUGCAUUUUCAGUAAUAUCAAAGAGGAAGAAUUUAGGGGGAAAAGGAGAAACAGACCAAUGUCGUUCAUGAUCAAGACCCAAAUAAAUCAAACGUGUAACGGAGAUGGAGAGCUUAGGUUUGGCCACGUCCACUGAACUGGUUUAGAAUCUUAUAUGCUAGUCCAUUGCUUGAUAUUUUUCACAAGGUACAUUUCACAGCUUCUGGGUCUGCUUCACAAAGCUCAUGAAGUUCUCACUCACAUUUUAGAAAUAAAAGAAAUGGAUUCAUUUUCGUCGGCCAGGGCUGAUUAGCCGUUUUCGUGAUUAAAGUAAGCAAGCAGGCAAUCAGCAACCAACAUUUUUGUGUUAGCGUGCUAUUGUGUUCUGAUUCCCCUACUGUAUAACGUGUUUGAUUGACUUUUUUCCUGGAAUGUGUUUAGAUACUACGUAAGUAAGCUACAAUCCUGGACAAAACUACUUGAUCCGUGAUGUUAUUGGCUAUGAAAACUCGUAGCAAAACUAACUACGAGAGAUAGCCUGCGUGGCACGCGUUUGAAAGGAAAGGGAAAAGGGGUUUUGGGCUCAAGGGAAACGCGAGGGGCGUUUCUCUCGCACCUAAAACUCCCUUUCCCUUCCCUUUCAAACGCCUGCUACGCAGGCUAUACGAGAAAGAGACUGGAGAACUGACAAUUUGACUAACAACAGAGGAUUGAUUAACUGUGACAACAGACGGAUCGAAACGCACCAAUUACUGAUUACGAGUCUUCAUAGCCAAAAACAUCACGGCUUAACUGACAAACGACCAAUAACAUCGCGACGUAAUUGACCAAUCAGAUCAAUAACCAGAGUAUAAUACCAUCAACUGACGUGAUACAACUCACUUUGACUGUGAAGAUGAUUACCGCACAGAUUGUCGAAACGUCAGUCACUGUCAACAACAACAGUCCUUUUCAGGACUACGUUCACCCGGACGAUUAAACUCAACCUACUUUUAAAAUAAUGUUACGAUUAACAAAGCAUUGAAACGGUUAACACCAUUUCGUUUUUAAUAGUAAAUGACCCUCUGAUUCUUAUGAAAGGUCCUUGUUAAUCGUUGUUGACCGUUGCUGAUCUUGGUAGCACCUUAAAACUGUCCUGUUAAUCGUUCCGAAUCUUAGAUAUUGUGGAGAGAAAGAGAUUAGAAGACAACUGUGGCCGUUUUUGCUAUCUCUUGCUUUACAUAUGAUGAAUUUAUCUCAUAAUUUCUUCCAGUCAUAUGUGGUUAUAAAUAGCUCGAGAGCAAAACGUGCACUCUUACAGGUCACACGAUAGUACAUCUUGUCACGUUACCGCGCGUGACAUUUCUAGAUUUCAUAGUGUGAUUUUUUGCAUUGGACAUCGCUACAAUGUCAAGUAAGCUUUCAAAUUUGGAAAGUAAAGAUACAAGUUUUGUUAAUAUUUAAUCCUCUCUCCAUUUGAUGCUGUUAUUAAUGUCAAGCGCUUGUUCAUUGACUUUGAUUGUUGUAUCUAUUUCGGCGAUGGAAAAAUUGUUCAAAGUAUGGGUCACGCGCUCUGAAAAUUCAGCAAAAUUUUCAUGUGUUAUUUAUUAGUGGAAUCGUAGCAGGUGAAAUUCCCGUUUUCUGGCUAAUCUCCUUAACCGAGAAGUCCUUCUCGUCUGCCAAAAACGUAAUGUAUGCCUGCUUCUUUGCACUCAAAGCGCGCGUAAAAACCCUGCAUGGAAAAUGAAAUUCACAAACGUUCAAGUAAGACAUACAAAUUGAUUUUCUUGUCAUCAACUCCUCUGUUUUCACUUAUUUUCCAUUAAUUAUCUACUUUUCUGUGAAAUGUACAAAAUAUAUAAAGAACAGAUUUAUGUGCCAGCGUUAAAUGCUCAAAAUGGACUUUUCCAGUCAAAUACAAUCCUGGACAAAACUACUUGAGAAAAUGUUUUCAUUAAUGCGCACUACCUAACGCAACAAAACUAUUUCCAAAUCAACGGCUUUGCGUAAAGAAAACCCCCUCUCCCAGUUCAAAGUUGCUUCCUACAAACGCUUGGGGAUCCGGGUUUCUUUUGAAGACCCAACAACACUGCUUCCAGGGGGAGGGGGGAGGGAAGAAUCGGUCGGCUACGAAAUUUAGCAAAAAUGCCUGCCAAGUAUGGAAUUUCGCUCAACAGUUUUGUCCACGAUUGUAGUAAGGAUUGUUGGAACUAGACUUGAGAGUGUACUUCGGUUUCUUUAAAGGCAACGGGUUACCAUCGCCGCAAAGCAGACUAUACUUAAGGUAAACUUAACCCCAUUCACAUCUAGAGUAAGAUUCAAGUAUACUUGAGGUCUACUUACUUCGCUAGUGUGAACGUAUCUUAUAACUUAGCUUGCGUGCCCAUUAAUCUUUUGAAUGAGUAAUAGCCUGACCAGGUUACAUUUAACUUUGUUGAAUCUUUUUAGAUGUACCAGGAACUAAUGACAGCACUAGAAGAAGCUGGCAAAAAUGAUGCUUGUGUUGAUGCAAUGAUAACAGGUACAGGGGAUUAUUACUGUAGUGGGAAUGAUCUGAGCAAUUUCACAAGGAUUCCACCUGAAGGUCCUCAGAAGAUGGCUAGUGAUGCCAAAGAAAUCUUAAAGUAA